CAUCCUCCCAUUACCUCGACAAACAACAAUGUCUGACCCCUCUGACGUCUGGCAGAACGCCGCCCCCGCCGGUGACAGCUACUCGGCCCCCCGCGAGACCCGCGAGGCCUCGCCCCGCCGUGAGGAGCGCGACGAGCGUGAGCGCUCCCCCGCUCCUCGCCGUGAGCGCUCGCGCUCGCCCGCCGCCCGCAACGGCGGUGGCGAGGGCGGCGGCGCUGCUCCCCGUGGCCGCAACGACGACGGCUCGGUCAACCCCGGCAACAACCUCCACGUCUCGGGCCUGGCUCGUUCCGUCACCGACCGUGGCCUUGAGGACAUGUUCUCCAAGUUUGGCAAGAUCCAGAAGGCCCAGGUCAUGUACGACCCCCACUCGCAGGAGUCGCGUGGCUUCGGCUUCGUCAUGUUUGAGGCUAACGACGCCGCCGAGAACGCCAUCUCGACCAUCUCGGGCACCACCAUUGAGGGCCGCGUCAUCACCGUGACCCACGCCAAGCGUGCUCGUGCCCGCACCCCCACCCCCGGCCGCUACCACGGCGUCAAGUUCGAGGGCGGUGGUGGUGGUGGUGGCCGCGGCUACGGCGGCGGCGGUGGUUACGGCGGGCGUUACGAGGACAGGCCUUACCAGCCCCGUUCUUACGACUCGCGUUACUCGGACCGCGGACCCCGUUACGAUGACCGCCCGCGUUAUGAUGACCGCAGGGGCGGUUACGGCGGCGGUGAUCGCUAUGAUGACAGGCGUGGUGGUUACGGCGACGACCGCCGUGGUGGUGGAUAUGAUGACCGCCGAGGCGGUGACGACUACUACCGCCGCGGUCCUCCUCCUGACCGUUACGACCGCGACGACCGUGGCCCCCGUGAGGAGCGUCCUCGUUACUAGACACCGAGUGAGCAGAUGGGCGGAAAUGACAAUUCGAGGUUAGUGGAUCCUGGGUCGAUUAAAACAGCUGCAUGAGGUUGUAUUGUCGUGUGCAUAUGCAACUCGUGGUUGAGA